ACCCCAUUCGUUGAUUGUAACCUCUCCAUCAGGUACGAAUAACAAUCUCCCUUAUUUAGGGAGGCACUUAUAAUUGUCCCCUUAGCGCAUGGAAUUAUCGAUCGAUUCUCCAAGGCACGACGAGAAGAAAACCAGUCAUUGGCGUUUUGCAGAUACCCAGGACAAUUUAUCCGGCAGCGACGGAUCUUGGGUAUGAUAGGCUAAGACACGUCGCCGCAGGGGGCCUGAAAUGCCCGGGUCUUUGGCCCUCAGAAUGCUUAUCAACCCGGGAGAAAGUGACCGGAUCUUCGACAAGCGCUGGAUUGCGAAUCGAGAAGCUAGGAUUCGAUGCCAUGCAACUGACUACCAUGAUCUCCAAGAUAUCAUAAAUCUCGGUUUUUUUCCCGUCCUCUUUCAACUAUCGUCGAUAUAUGCGGGCCUAUUGAAUUGCCGUCCAAAGUCACCCACAGCAUUCCCGACCUUCCUUGACUUCCAUCGGCUCCUUUGGCUUGGCGCAUAUAUCGAAGCUUAUACGAGUAGGAACCGUUGGGGCGGGGAGGAAAAUGCCGUGAAAUGCUUCUUUUGGGGCUCGAGAAGCGGGCGUACUACCACCUGCUCUAUUGGAUUAGUUCCUCCGCCCCUAUCAUUGCGCGUUGUUACCAUCGCUGGUCACCUUAAGCUCAAGCUCUCUCGGAAAGACCCCGUACUUCCCGACAGCAUACGUCGAGAUAAACGAGUGAUUAUGCCACCUAUCAAAACUGCGUCGACGUAUGUGAGCCAAAGACGGCGAUUAAUCAGCGUCCUCGAUCGGCAGGUCCUGGAGAGCCUUGCCAUCUUGAUCUACGCUCAGCAUUCCCCCCUCUCAUCGCCUGAGAAGUGGUAGAUAGCAACUGGUUAGCUCUAAGAGGACAGCAGCCGACUCAAUUCACCUUAACGGCUGUCAUAUCAUAAACAUCCGAGCCUAUUCGUCCCCUCGGGGCGUAUUAAAUCGCCGUAGAAACUUUACUUCUUCCUAUUGCAGCAGUUAAUUGAAUGCAAGAUCUAAUAGUAGUAAUUAUACUAGG